AUGUCCGACAGUACUUCGCAACCGCCCGAUACCAACAUGGAGGUAAACGAAGAGCUGGACCCUACCGUGGAAGAUGAAAUACAGCAAGACGCGACGCAGGCCGAUGCGAUGAACCUUGACGGCGCAAACGACGCAGAGCCCGCAGCAGUAAACGGAGUGUCAGAUGCAACUGCCACGUUUGAGGCACGGAUACCUGCGAAAAAGGAUGCAACUCUAAGGGAGUUUCUAGGAAAGAUGGAUGAGUAUGCGCCGAUCAUACCAGACGCAGUCACGAACUACUACCUGACACGUGCCGGCCUCCCACCACCACCUCAGACCUCGCCUCACCUUGCCCGCCUCCUCGCGCUCGCGACACAGAAGUUCAUCGCGGACAUCGCAGCCGACGCAUACCAGUUCUCCCGCAUCCGGUCAUCCAACAGUACGAGUAACAAUCCUAUAGGCGGUGCAGGUGGGCCCCCAGGAGCAGCCGCACCGGGUGGAGUGCAGGGUGGAAAGGACAGCGCCGCGAAGGCGAAGGACUACAAUCUCGGUAUCCAGCGGCCAGGAUAUGGCGGCGGUGGCCAAGGCGGUAGUCAAGGACGGACCGUCCUGACUAUGGAGGACCUGGGUAUGGCUGUGGGAGAGUAUGGCGUUAACAUCAAGCGCGGCGAGUUCUACCGGUAA